AGCUUCACACUCAGGACAUCCCUGAGGGCAGAUGACCCUUCGGUGGUUUUCUCGAGACCUAGGCUGGAGGAAGGGACUGCCUUCCAGGCCUGAGAUGGCCCAGGAAUGGGAAACCCACUGAUGGUCACUGGGGCCCUCCGUGACUCCCCAAGCACCUGCCUGGGUACCCCCACAGGUGUCCCCCUCCCUACUGGGAGGAGUCUGGGGCCCCAAGUCCCAGCCUGGCCCCAAGCUGUCGGUAUACGCUGCGAGGGAAGAAGAGACUGAGGCGUGCUCUAACUAGCCUCUCCUGACUCCGGCACUGAUACUGAGGCCCAGCCCCACCUGCCCCCUUCUCCUCCCGUGCUGGAGUGGAGGUGGGGUGCGGGAAUGUGGAGAGUGGGUGAGGACUCCUGUAGCUCCCAGACCGGCUCCUGUGAGGCGCAGAUUCCCGGGCCUGCGUUGUCAGAGCGCCGAGGCCAGGACCCCGGAGUCUACGUUGACAAGCACCGAGCUGGAAGCCCAGACAGCUAAGUCCUGACUUUGGGAUACAGAAGCAAGGGUGCAUGUGGCCAGCAGAGGUGGGACGUGAGACUCGGAAAGAUUUCGGGAAGAAAUGGGCCAGGCCACUGUUGACUCCUGGGCAUGACUCCCAUUCUACAGAGAAGGAAACUGAGGCUGAGAAAGAGUCAAAGUGACAGACAGCCACGGACGGGGAGCCCUACAUCGGGGAGGCCAGAACAACCAGCCACAAAGACCUCAUGAACGGCGACUUGGCCCGCGUGAGAGCACAGAUGCAGAAGCAUGUUCACGGCAGGCCGGAACUGUGCAGAAAAUACCCCAAGACAAACAGCAAGGGGUGGGGGAGGGAGCCCUGCACGGGGACCAGGUCUGAAUCCCAGCUCUGUCACCUCGAACCCGCUGCGUAAUCCUAGACAAGCCCCCUUCCCGGCUCUGGCCUCAGUUUCCCCGCCUGUGAACUAAGUGGGUGGGACGCCGAUCACCCAGGGCCAUUGAACUCACCUGGGGCUGGCUGAGGCCGGAGGGCCUGGGCUGUCUCCCUGGGAGAUGGGGCCUGCGUCCGCUCCUGGCCAGCACAGCCGAGAACAUUUGCUCUCCUGACCAACGGACAGCCCGUCCCUCCUCCACCCUCACCCCCUCGCCGUCCCCAAAGCAAACGAAGCUGAUUGUCUCAGCCGGCCCUGUGGGUGCUGGCCGGGUGGCUAGCCGCAGGCCACAGACGGAGGUGCCACCCGCCAGAGCCCCGCCAGACACACAGGGCAUUGUCCCUCAGUCAACAGCCCCCGGGCACCUCGGCCCGGCUCCUGGCCUGCCCCACGCCCCUCGCCGCCUGCCGCUGCGCCGGGCCCAGCCAGCCGGGCCGAGGCUCCCAGCUGAUGACGAGCCCCCCCAGCCACCCCCAGCAGCCCCCUGACGAGCUAUAAUUGCUUCGCUCCAUCCUGUUGCUGCCAUUCUCUUGGCGGAGGCAUCUGGGGUUCCAGGCGGGCGGCAGCUGCAGGCCAACCGCCCGGCCCCAUGGACUGGCCGCACAACCUGCUGUUCCUUCUCACCAUCUCCAUCUUCCUGGGGCUGGGCCAGCCCAGGAACCCCAAAGGCAAGAGGAAGGGGCCAGGGCGGCCUGGCACCCUGGCUCCAGGGCCCCACCAGGUGCCGCUGGACCUGGUGUCCCAGGCGAAGCCAUACGCCCGCAUGGAGGAAUACGAGAGGAAUCUCAGCGAGAUGGUGGCCCAGCUCAGGAACAGCUCUGAGCCGGCCAGGAGGAAGUGUGAGGUCAACCUGCAGCUGUGGCUGUCCAACAAGAGGAGCCUGUCACCCUGGGGCUACAGCAUCAACCACGACCCGAGCCGCGUCCCUGCGGACCUGCCAGAGGCGCGGUGCCUGUGUCUGGGCUGCGUGAACCCCUUCACCAUGCAGGAGGACCGCAGCAUGGUGAGCGUGCCCGUGUUCAGCCAGGUGCCCGUGCGCCGCCGCCUGUGCCCGCUGCCACCGCGCACCGGGCCCUGCCGCCAGCGCGCCGUCAUGGAGACCAUCGCGGUGGGCUGCACCUGCAUCUUCUGAACCCCGAGCCUGUGGGUGGCCAGAGACCACCCUCCUUACACUCCCACGCCAAGCAAGGCCGAUGAAAAGUGAAAAGUAAACGUGUCUUUUGUUGAGCAAGACCUUGGGUUUGCUCCUUGAGGCUCCAAAGCCGGAACCUGGAUGGGGAUAGGAGGUUUGGGAGGUAGAUUUCGGAUCAAUAUGAAGGAGGAUAUUCCAUCCCUCAGAAUUCUCCCAACACUGGGAUAGGUUAUUUUAAAAAUCUCGCCUUCAUUUCUGCCAUGUAGGGCAGUCACAUACUUCCUUUAAUUUGGGUGUAUAAGCCUGUUUCAACCAAGUUAUUGGAGCUUGGUUGAUAUAGACUUAUAUAGGAGUGAGCAAGCACUAACUCUCCCCAAAUAAGUCAAGGACAAUCGCAGACAAGCUCAUAGGAAGCGGUAAGCUCCUCGUCUCUGGGACGGCCCAGUAGUGCUGAGGCUCUAUGGAUACUGUGGAGCUGGUUGGAGUAAGUGGCCUGCAAGGUCUCUUUCAGCUCCGAGAUUCUCUGCAGGUCAGCCAGCCGCCUUCGAUCUAGAGAAGAGCCUCUGGGUUGUCAAAGAGUGGGGGGUUUUAGCCUGGGCCAGCCAGCCGCUGAAAAUUUCAUGUGGGUAUGCAUUUUUCUGGGCUGAGAUCCCUUGCUUUGAACCAACACUCAAGAGUUGAGAAGCACCAGUGUAGAUUCUUCCAGCCUAUGUACCAGGGGAUCUGGCUAGAUGGUUCACUGAUAUCUCAAACUUUAGCAAGCACUAGAAUCAUGGGGAGGGCUCAUUAAAACACAGAUUGCUGGGCCCUGCAUGCAGUGGUUCUAAUUUAGGUGGGAGCUGACACUUGGCUUUUCUUUCCUUUUCUUUUAAAAAAGAUUUUAUUUAUUUGAGAGAGAGAAGGUGUGCAUGAGAGAGCACAAGUGGGCAGGAGGGGUGGAGGGAGAGAGAGAAGCAGACUCCUCACUGAACAGGGAGCCUGACUCUGGGCUUGAUCCCAGGAUCCCAAGAUCAUAACCUGAGCCAAAGGCAGAUGCUUAACCAACUGAGCCACCCAGAUGCCCUAGAAACUUGGCAUUUCUAAUGUAGUGGUUCCCAGGUGAUACUGAUGUGGCUUAUCUAGGGGCCACACUUGGAGAGCCACUGGCUUUAUUUUUGCUUUUGUUUUUUAUUUAAAUUCUAGUGUAUUAACAUAUAGUGCAAUAUUAGUUUCAGGAGUAGAAUUUAGUGAUUCAUCACACCCAGGGCUCAUCAUAACAAGUGCCCUCCAUAUACCCAUCCCCCUUCUAGCCCAUCCCCUCCCUCCCUCCAUCAGCCCUCUGCUGAGAACCACUGGUUUAUAUCAAGACACUUUGAUCAAAAAGGCAGUGCGAAUUGACUUGUCCUAAAGCCCCGGCUCAUUCCUGCCCCCAGAUAACUCCCUGUUCCCCCUAUUAGCUCCUUGCAACUCAAUCCUCCCCCUGACCUCCUAGCCCCUGCAGCUAGUCCUAAAUCAGCUGUUCCAGGGUCUAAAAAUACCUUCCCUGCCCCAAGACAGCUGAGGGGCUGAGGCUCUUUUCUGAGGGUAAGAAUAGCUGGCACUUCAGAGUUCAUUUCAAUAAAGAGGGCCAGCCGCCAAUACAGGGAUACUUUGCUUGGCUACUCUACCUUCAGCUUUAGCUCUGAAUGUUUUAAGAGUCUAAUUCAUGAAAGGGCAAUGAUUAGGUAUGCGCCUGUCUGGGUCAGUAAGCAACUUACCUUUUUUGGUAUUGUUCUAGAGUGGAUACUGGUUAAAAUUACCCCAGGAAGCUUUGGCCUGGUUCCAGACACAUGGAAAAUAGACUCCAUGUGCCAGCCCAACCUGAUGCCUUCAGCAGCCGUUCCUCCUCCCUGGAGUUAUUUCCGAGGCCCCCACAGCCUGCUCUCCAAGUCUUAGGACCUCAGUGGCACACGAGGGACCCAGAGCCUCCAAGGCCUUGUUGUGGGGUGAGGACAUGAGAAGAACUGAGCUGCUGGAGGGUUGCUCUGGUCUUGGGAGACCUUGGGUUCCCUGGGGCAUAGAGGUUGGGUGGGGAAACUCCUCAUCUGGGUAAGACAGACUGUCCUAUUCCUACCAGAGCAUCAGACGCACAGAGAUACUCAAUAAAUGCCAGUUAGAAAAAAAAAUAAAAAAAAAAUAAAUGCCAGUUAGUUUUAUAUGGAUGUUGGUUGCUGUUUCCACUUCCUGGGCUUUGAUAUCCUCAUCUGUGAAACGAGCAGAUGGGAUUUAGGAUCUUUGGGGUCUUUUCCAGUGUUACCAUUCUGUAGCUUAGGAACUUGGACUCAUGAGCCUGGGCUGGCAGCUGGUCCUUCCCAGUCCCUUGUUUUAAAGGCAGCAGCAGAGGGGCACCUGGGUGGCUCAGGUUGUGAUCCUGGGGUCGAGUCCUGCAUCAGGGUCCCUGCAGGGAGCCUGCUUCUCCCUCUGCUUAUGUCUCUGCCUCUCUCUCUCUCUCUCUCUCUCUCUAUCUGUCAUGAAUAAAUAAAUAAAAUCUUAAAAAAAAAAAUAAGUGCAGCAGCAGGAAGCUCAGGACCUUUGGUAGUCCAGGGAGAGUGCUGGGUCUACCCUUUGGUUUGAGUCUAGGUGUGUUUCAUGUUUUGCAUUGCCUGGUGAGAACCCCCCACUCCACGAGAACAGGGGCCUUAUCUGCCUCCUUCAGCGCGGCAUCUUCAGCACCUAGCACGGUGUCCAGUGCAAAAUAGGGUGUAGCGUUUGGUGAACGAAUGCACGCUUGCACGCAUGCACGCGUGCAUGGCGGCCUCUAGGGGGAGCCCAAGAUCUGCCCCAGCUCCUUCUGUAGCUCCUUCAAAGGUGGAUCUGGAGCAAGGCACUCCUCUUACCCUUGCCAUUCCUUAAUCAUCCCCAGCUCUACCCUCCACAACUUCCCCUUCCUCCAAGUGUUGAGGUUUUGCCUAGGUCAUCUGCUCUAGGGGUGGAGUCCCUGCGAAGAGUUUUAAAUGCCCACCACACUGCGCCCGGGACUAUUGUGGAUGAGUGUGGACUCCCUUCUUAGUUUGGCAGAUUUGGGAGCUAAGUCUCUACCAAUGCCCUCUCCUCUCCCAGAGGGCUGUGGGCCCUUGGGGCCUUCUGUCCUGGUCUGAGAAGGCUAGGCUGGGUCUUGGGGCCACGAUGGUCCCCAUACUCCCUUCUGCUAUCUUCAGGAAUCUCUGGCUUAGAGGAGGUGAAAUCUAGCUCCCAGGUUUGGGUUUGGGGAAGCAGGCCAGCAGGAAGUGUGGGCAUUUUUGUCUGCUUUGGUUCUGAGCUGUUCAGACCUGUCUACCCAGAUAAAGGCAGUUUCUGAAAAACGAGCCAGCACCACUGUAGCUAGGGCAUGGAGCCAAAGCCCCAGCCAAGGAUUGGGGGUCAGGUGUAACUGUCCUGGUUUGCCUCUUCUGUGCACACAGCCUUAGGGAUGCGAGGGAGGGAUGGUUACCAGGGACAAGUCUGAAAUUGGCCUUGGCCCCCUGGCCCAAUACCAAUGAUCAUCAAAUGCACAUCUUCAUUUCAAACAUAGACCAUGAAAGGAUGUCACUACAUACUGAUUCCACUGGAGGCCAGGGCACUGUCCCAUCCUGUGCAUGGUUGACAUUGCACUGCUCUCUCACACCCCUUCCCCUUUCCCAAAUUUGUACUUUGGAGGAGGCCACCUCCACUCCAGGGGAGGGACUUGACUGUUCUAAGCCAAUCAGCUUCAUUUCAUCCCCUGUGUCCUGAUGAUUGAUCUGGCAGCCGAGUCAUAAGCCAAUCAGCACGCGUGGUAUUUGCUCAGUCACAGUGAAUUGGUUCAGCCAGGGCCCAACUGGCCCAGAGUCGGCUUUGGUUCACAGUUGGGAGAGACCUCUCGCCCUGGGCCCUGUUGGCAGCCCUCCUUGACCCAGAGAGAAGUGGCUCUGGCACUGCAUGGGCUGAUGCCUGCUUUGUGCCUGGAUUCUCAUAACCAAUAAAACCUUUUUAUUGCUUAGGCCA